CCAUGAAGGAGAAGUCCAAGAACGCCGCCAAGACGCGCCGAGAGAAGGAGAACGGCGAGUUCUACGAGCUGGCCAAGCUGCUGCCCCUGCCCGCCGCCAUCACGUCCCAGCUCGACAAGGCCUCCAUCAUCCGCCUCACCACCAGCUACCUGAAGAUGAGGGCCGUCUUCCCCGAAGGUUUGGGAGAUGCCUGGGGACAGCCGAGCAGAUUAGGCCCCUUGGAUAACGUCGCGAAGGAACUGGGCUCGCAUUUGCUUCAGACUCUGGAUGGUUUUGUUUUUGUGGUAGCAUCUGAUGGGAAAAUAAUGUAUAUCUCAGAAACAGCUUCUGUUCAUCUAGGUUUAUCCCAGGUGGAACUCACUGGUAAUAGUAUUUAUGAGUAUAUACAUCCAUCAGACCAUGAUGAAAUGACAGCAGUUCUAACAGCUCACCAGCCUCUUCAUCCUCAUCUCCUACAAGAGUAUGAAAUAGAAAGAUCUUUUUUCCUGCGAAUGAAGUGUGUCUUGGCAAAGCGGAAUGCAGGAUUGACAUGUAGCGGUUACAAGGUGAUCCAUUGCAGUGGCUAUUUGAAGAUAAGACAGUACAUGUUGGAUAUGUCUCUGUACGAGUCCUGUUACCAAAUUGUGGGAUUGGUUGCUGUUGGGCAAUCUUUACCACCUAGUGCAAUAACUGAGAUAAAACUUCAUAGUAACAUGUUUAUGUUCAGAGCAAGCCUGGACUUAAAAUUAAUAUUCCUAGAUUCCAGAGUGACUGAACUAACUGGAUAUGAGCCACAGGAUCUGAUAGAGAAAACUCUUUACCAUCAUGUGCAUGGAUGUGAUGCAUUUCAUUUACGAUAUGCUCAUCAUCUUUUGUUGGUGAAAGGACAAGUCACAACCAAGUACUACCGACUGCUGUCUAAGAAUGGUGGCUGGGUUUGGGUCCAGAGCUAUGCCACCAUUGUACACAAUAGCCGUUCAUCACGACCUCACUGUAUAGUGAGUGUCAAUUAUGUCCUAACUGAAAUAGAAUAUAAAGAACUUCAGUUAUCUUUGGACCAGAUCACCCUUUUGAAGUCACAAUUUUCAUGCAGAAGCUCAGUAUCUACCUCACAAGAAACACGAAAAGCAACAAAACCUAGAAGUAAUAAAAUGAAGACGAAACUUAGGACAACUCCUUAUCCACAGCAGCAAUAUGGCUCCUUCCAGACAGACAAACUGGAAUGUAGCCAGGGUGGAAGCUGGAGAUCCAACUCCACAGCAAAUUCUGCCACCAUCCAAGAACAAGCCUUCCAUUCAGAAAACAGCGAACUUUUAUAUACCCCGUCGUACAGCUUACCUUUUUCUUACCAUUAUGGACACUUCCCUGUAGACCCUCAUGUAUUCAGUAGCAAAAAACAAAUGCUGCCUUCUAAAUUUGGGCAGUCUCAAGGAACACCUUGUGAAGUAGCUCGAUUUUUCUUAAGUACACUGCAGACAAGUGGUGAGUGCCAAUGGCAUUAUGCCAAUUCUCUUGUACCGAGCAGUCAACCACCUAAAAAUCCUCCUGAUCAGCCAGCAAGCAGUGUACGCCAUAAUCUCUUUCAGGGCUAUGAAGUGCCACUAUCAAACAGAAGAUACAGCCAAGAAAGUACAUCUGACAACUUCACAGGCUGUGCAAACUUAACACCAGGCAGUAGAUACAAAGAAGACAUCUAUGAUUCCAGCAUUAUAAAACACAGCAAAAUUGAAAACAGAGUAUACCCUGCACAUCAUCAUGUCAUUAAAGAAGAGAAUAAGCUAGUUUUUAACAGAGAUUUACAAGAAAAAAUUAACAUUGGUGAGAAGCCCUUCCCAAACUCUUUAGCCACUUCAUUUUUGUCAAAAUCAGAAUGUUUUCAAACUAAAGCUAUUGGGCACCUUCUCCCAGUUCCAACUGUAUAUGAACAAACAAGGAGAAUUUGUAUGAAAGAACCAAAAUUUGAACAUAUUGCCCCCCACGCAACAAAUCUAGAUGAGAUGGAAACUGAGGACAGAAUGAUGGUAAAACUUGAUUAUGACUCUGAAAAUGAUCACACAAUGGAUGUAAGACAUACAGGACAAGUUCCAUUUGUAUUUCUGAACUAUCAUCGUGUUUUAGCCAAACAUGGCACAUUUCAGGCCUCUUCGUGUACUACAACAGGACAUGUAGCAGACAACUAUGGACAUAGUUCUGAAGAAGUGAGUACAUUCUACAAAAACCAAAGUCCCUCAUCAGCCUCUUCCCCAGAGAUCCACAAGGAGCCUGCACUUCCCCAUUAUAUUGGAACAUCUGUAAUAAUAGCUAAUGGAAGGUGACAAUAACAGAAGGCUGGUUUUUUUAAAGUAUAACAUAAAUAAAAGCAAACCACAACAAAAGCAUGAGAAUACAUGGUUCCAUUCAGUGAGCAUGGUGCAAUGAGACACAAACUUGCAUGCGUUCUUGGCAAGCUAUGUGUAAUGGUACCUUUAAGCUCAGAAAAAAGUACAUCUAGCUUCAGUGCUUCAUUGUUACUGAUUAGUCAGUGCAGUUGACACUGCCAUUAAGAAGCCAUGUGAUGAUAAUCUUUUAUUUUUUAAAAGUACAACUUAAA